AUGUGUCUCGGCUUAGGGCGGGGGUCAUUCCCGGAGAGCCAGAGAGAAGGAAAGUCCGUCGCGAGGAAGCUAAUACCGAUCCGCAGCUUCAAUGCUCUCGCAAGCCUGCCCCUCGCGCCGCAGCAGAUCGGGCGGAGUCAGCAAACUGCCCCUGGACGGCGCGCAAGCGGCGCCCGGUAUCCUCAGAAUUACCUCAGCAGGCCGUUCCCUGACAAGGCGGGAAGCGCAGCUCGCAAAACCGCUCACAAGGCGGGGCUGCCACGACCUGGCGAGGAAGACGGAAUCCGAGACCUGCCCGGGGACUUGCGUCCAAAUGCGUCGGGCGACAACUCAAUCCAGCCAAGCCACGAAGGUCUCAAAGGGGAGUGA